AUGAUUUUGUUCCCAAUUCUCCUAAUUUUCAUCCUAAAAAUCUGCUCAGCCUCAAAUCAAGAAUGUCUCCUUUGUCAAGAGGUUCUAAUCUCCGAAACAGAGGCAAAUCGAUAUUUGAAACGUAUCGUGGAGCAUUGUAAGGGAAUUGAGACAACUUGUUAUGAGGAUCAAUUACUGAACUUUAAUAAGAUGAAAAAUCUGAUGAAUCAGAAGGGAUAUUCGGCGAAAAAGGCUUGUAAAUCGGUUGUUGGCAGAUGUUAA